AUGGCUAAAGCGUUGGUAUUAACGGUCCUCUUGGCAAAUCUCCUGACGUUGAAUUGUCAAGAAGAGGUACAUAGAGAAAAUAAAUUGGAACAAACCAUCGCUACUGGAGAAAAUCAAAGCUAUUCAUAUAGUUAUGGAGUUGCAGAUUCACGAACGGGAGAUGUCAAGACUGUGUGGGAGACUAAGGAAGGUGACACCGUUAAAGGUCACUACAGUGUCGUACAACCCGAUGGUUCUACAAAAACUGUAGAAUACUCCGCUGGACCUAAUACGGGGUUUACAGCAGUUAUUAACGGUGACAAUGAACAAAACUCUGAAAGCAGUAACUUUAACCGCGAAGAGAGAGUUAUGAGGGAAUACGACUACUAUGAAGAUGAAGAUCCAGAAUAUUAUCCAAAACAAAGAAUAAAGAAUAAAGCACAAUUCGAUAACUUUAGAGACUAUUCAAAAAAGAGACCUAGUUACUACCCACAUGACUUAGAAUCCAGUGAUUUCACACACAGCUACUCUAUAAAGCAUCCUUACGAUCAAUACCCCGCUGAAUCUCAUGUUGGUUUUAAUGUUGAUCCCAAUUGUAAGAAACACAAAAAAGGAAACAACGACAACAACGUAUUCACUAGCAUACUUGAUACCAAUGAAAAUAAGCAACCAUACAAUGACUACAAGGAUGAUUUUGAAAAGUUUGAAAACUUUGAAUUUGAAAAACGACCCAAUCCUUUUAGAGCAGGUUACAAGGGAUCCAAAUACGAGGAUACCAACAAACCGGCUUCAUCGAAUAAACAUAAUUAUCCGGCUUUACCUGAUGCACCUAUACCUGAAAAAUUCUAUUCUGAUGAUAUUCCACCUCGUCCAAAGAAGAAACAUAGACCGAAUAAGCGGCCAGAAUUUAAUAGCGACGAUAUGGAUGAUUACAUUUUAGUACCGAAGAAAAAAUAUAGAACACCACCAAAAGAUGAUGAUUAUAAUCAUGAUUCGUAUGAUGAUUACCGACCUCAUUACCCAAGUGAAGAGGAUUCAAACGAUAAUCGCUAUCAUCACUCCUUACACGGUAGUCACAGCCAUGUUCAAAAAGAAAUUAUACGUAAAGUAGUUAAGAAGCGGAAACCAGUAAUCAACCUUUUAGAUAUGUUUGAUAUUUGA